AGGCUGUGGAGGAGCCCCAGCCCGAGCCGCCCGAAGAGCCGCCGAUCGCCCCGCAGAAGGCCCUCAACGCGCGCUUCGCGCGCGCGCGGCUUCAGCUUCGCGCGGCUUCGCGGGCGCACGGGCCUGAUCGUGAGGGGGCGGGCCUCUCUCUUCACACCCCUGGACCGUGCGGCUUCGCAGGCGCACGGGCCGCCACAGAGGGCGAGGACACCACGCAGGCGCGGCGGGAUGGCGUGGAGCCCAGCGCGUACGAGUUUUCGAUGAUGAUGCUUGCGUGCACCAGGGACGGCUGUGCGGGCACGGCGUUGAAGCUCUUCAACACGAUCCUUGAGCAGGGCGCCGAUUCCGACUACAAUGUCAAGAACCUGCGCUUCGCCACACGCAGCAGGUUCUUCACUCUCGUUGCGGAGCAUCUAGAUGACGAGCGUCUGAGGAAGGACGGGCUGCAGGUUCUGGAGGCGGUCCGGGCCCACGGGAUCCCGCCGCCGCUCGCCCUCCAAGACCGCCUGGUGUGCGCCUGGGGAAGCAGGCUCCCCGAGCAGGUCCUGAGCUACUUCGCCAGGAUGCAGGAGCAGGGCCUGACGCUGAGCUCGGCCAUGCGCCAGUGCACAGCAGCCGACGCCACGGCCUCGACGAGUGAAGGCGGGACGACGUGCCACUCCUCGACGGACUCCACGAUCGGCCAGGACGACGCGGCUGGCGACGUCGAGGAGACGUCCGCAGAGGAGGAGCCCCGAGACCCGCGGACUGCCGCCGAGCGCACGCCCCUGCGCAGGGAGGCAUCGACGUCCGUCCCGACAGCCACUGAGGGUCAGUGUCGGAUGCCGCCUGCGGCGCCGGCGUGGUGCCGUUUGGACGCUCCGGGCCAGUGCGCUCAGCUCCCGCAGAUUGCAGCGCAGCGUGUGGGAGGUCAGCGCGACGAGUGCACCACGGUGAUGCUGCGCAAUCUGCCCUGCCCCUUCCUCCGCGAAGAUCUGAUCAAGGUGAUGGACGCAAAGGGCUUCGCGGGGUCAUAUGAUUUCGUCCACAUCGGAUUUCCAUACCUUUCUGGGCAGGGGAUACGCGAUCGUCAACCUGAUUUCCGCCGAGGAGAUGCAGCGCUUUAAGCUUGCGUUUGAGGGGUUCAAGGCCUGGCCUCUCACGUCCUCGAUGGUUUGUGCUGUCGUCCCGUCUCGGACGCAGGGCUUGGAAGCAAACAUCGCGCGGUAUCGGAGCUCUGUCUUUCGCGACGGGGUCCCUGAGCGGUUCAUGCCAAUGCUCUUCGACGGGACGCGGCGGGUCCCCUUCCCAGAGCUUCCGGAAAAGCUGCCGAGCUUGUCGCGUGAUGUGGGCUUCACGAAUUUGGCAAUUCAGCAGAAGGAGGGUCGGCGCGACGAACGCACAACGGUGAUGCUGCGCAAUCUGCCGUGCCCCCUGCUGCGCGAAGAUCUGAUAAAGCUGAUGGACGCGGAGGGCUUUGCGGGGAUGUACAACUUCGUCUACGUGCCUGCGGACUCCCGGACAGCCGUGGGAAUGGGCUACGCGUUUGUAAAUUUGGUUUCCAUCGAGGAGGUGCCGCGCUUCACGGCAGCCUUUGAAGGAUUCAGGUGUUGGCCUUUUCCGUCCUCGAAGGUCUGCAGCGUCGUCUUGUCUUCUCGGAUACAGGGCCUUGAAGCAAACAUCGCGCGGUAUCGGAACAGCCUUGUCAUGGCCGACGAGGUUCCUGAACAGUUUAAGCCAGUGCUAUUCAACGGAGCGGAGCGGGUCCCCUUUCCGAAACCCGAGGUGAAAAUUUGAGAUCACGCUCUACGUGCACUCCGAUUGCAAGUGU